GGGACGCGCAUGCGCAGUGUACACAAACCGUCAUGUGAUACACGUUUUCAGGUGUGUUUUGGACGAUUAUUUGUAAAAACUGCUAAAACGCCCGUCUGGACAUAUAUAUUUUGAUUUUAUUUUAAAGCCCCUGUUUGAACGAUAGCCGUGUCAGGGCAGCAUUUCAGGAAGAAAUGUCCAUCGUGACUGAAGAAGCCGAAGAGCUGCUGGUCAGCAUGGUUCAAGAGAGGCCAGCUCUGUACGACAUCAGGGAGAAACACUAUGCCAACAGAGCGAAGAAAACCGAGCUGUGGGGGGAAAUACAAAAUAAACUCGGGAUACCAGAAAAAGAGCUGAAGAAGAGGUGGGACUCUCUACGGACUCAGUACACCCGCUACAAGAAGUUUGCAGAGCCAGGGAGCCGUGGAGCGAUAACGACCGGGAGGCAGCAGUGGAUCCUGAGCCAUCUGCACUUCUUAGAGCCCCACAGAAAAACAAAGGAGGCCAACUCUAACUGUCUUACUGUCAGUGAAACUUCAACUAUUCUUUAUGAUUCAACCUCAGACGGCAUCAGCUACAUCAAAACUGAGGUGCCUUCCAGCCCUGGCAGCGAGACCCAGUGCAGCAGCCCCACAUAUGACGACUGCACAUCGGAAACAGAUAUGAAGCCAUGCGCUCCCAUUGAGGAGUCAAGCAUCUCUGACCCGGAGUACACACCCACACCCAUCAGGGAGGAGCCGUGGCCUAGCACUUCCAGAGAGUCCAGGCCUCCAGCUAAGCGCAGCAAGAAACAGCCGGAGGAGUCCCCUAGUGAAGAGUCAAAGAACUUAUUACGUGUCAUCAGUAAAACUCUGGAGACUUUGGCGUCUAAGGAUGACAACAACGAUGACAUCUCGGCAUACUGCAAAAAUCUAGAACGCAAGAUGCGGAAAUUGCCACCACACAUUCUCCCACAUUUCCAGCAUGAGGUGGACACUUGUCUCUACAGAUACCUAAUUAUUACUUCUUAUAAUCAUACAGGACAAACAUCAGGGGCUCACUUAUCUCAGCAUCCAAUAUGAUGUUGAGUCCAAUAAAUGUUGAGAUUCCCCACUGAUAUCAUGAUGAAAUAAACUGGUCACUUGCUUUUUAUACUACAUUAACCCCGAAGCAUUCUUGGAAUUGCUGAAUAACUUUUGUUUGUUUUUAAGCAACAGUAUUCAUCUUUUUAUCAUUUAAAAAGGUCUACUAAUGUAUCCAAAUGUUAAUACAACCUCAGUUCUUCGAAUACUGUGCAGCUAUCUCAUUUUAUUGUACACAGCACACUAAAUAAAAGCUGUAAAUCUUU